UUAGGUAAGUCGUCUCAUCUCGUCUCGGUUUUUGUACUUUAAUCGAAGAAAUCUCACGAAAAUUGAUUAAAGCACCGUGUUUACUCUGUUAAGGCAAUAAUCAUAUCUCGGCACUUUAAAACAUCGACACAAAUGAAACGCGUCAUUACCAAAACCAACUCCUUAUUUCGCGAAAUAAUUUUAUUACAAUAGAUAAUUUAAAACUGUCCAACUUCCCCCCACCACGGGGAUAAAAGAGGAGGGGGCGGGGCGCAAAUUAAAACAGAAGCACGGAUAAAAAGCUAGGUAUCUCUCUCCCGCAAAUGAGCAGUCCUAAGUACGGUAAGCGGCUUACAAUGGGAGUUGACACUAGGUGUACGCUAUCUCUUUCUCGCAUUGGUCCCGUAAAUAAAGCUGUCUCAGAAACAGCCCUUUUAUAACUAUAAAGGUAUAAGCGGCCAGUACAGACACAGUUCCACGUGAGAUUGUGUUUUGUAAUCAGUGAAGUGGCGCCUUUAUUCUGAAGCACAAGCACAAUGUUCGCGCGUUUGACAAUUUGACAUUUCGUUUGGCGGGAACUUAUUUUUUUUUGAUUCACGCGAAGGCUUAAGCUUGUUCAGCCUAAAAGUGAACUUUUUAGUUAGUUUUGUUACAGUGAUGGUUAAAGUUGCCAGUUGAAGGUUGUUGUAGUUAUUGCUUUUGCAAUAACUUGGAUUCUUAGUUUACUAAGCAAAAUAAGGGCGCCACCAUAGAAGAUUACGGGGUGUACACGAUGCUGCCGGCGCAGCAGCUGGCGCCCAUCAGCCCGUGGCCGCCGGACGCGAUGCUGGACCGCAUGGACGACCUGGCGCACAAAGGUAAAGGAGGCAGACCGCUGCCAGACUCCACGAGGCAGAAGAUCGUGGAGCUGGCGCACUCAGGGGCGAGGCCGUGUGAUAUCAGCAGGAUCCUGCAGGUCUCCAACGGCUGCGUGUCCAAGAUACUAGGCAGGUACUACGAAACGGGGUCGAUUCGACCUCGCGCCAUCGGCGGCUCAAAGCCCCGCGUGGCGACCGCGGAGGUGGUCAGCAAGAUCGCGCAGUACAAGCGCGAAUGCCCUUCAAUCUUCGCCUGGGAGAUCCGGGACCGCCUGCUUAGUGAAGGAGUCUGUACCUCGGAUAAUAUUCCUAGCGUAUCCUCAAUCAACCGAGUCCUCCGCAACCUAGCAGCCCAAAAAGAAAAAUCCAGCAACCAACAGUCGCCAAGCGACUGUUCUACCCCGGUAUACGAGAGGCUACGACUACUAGGCACGCCAGGGUCCGCUCCCGCCUGGCCCAGAACGCCGUGGCCCACGCAGAUAGACACCCGGACUCCGCCCUACCAGCUGCAUAGCUUAAGUCCUGGCCCGCAGGCUAUUGCGUGCAAUGGUACCGAGCUACCGAUAUUGAAAAAAGGUGAAGAGCAACUAGAAGGUUUAGAAGGCCUGCACUCGGACGAGACGGGGUCAGGCGACAACUCCAACGCGGGCUCCAGCGGCGCCGACGAGGACGCCGCGAGGAUGCGGCUCAAGAGGAAGCUGCAGCGGAACCGGACCAGCUUCACCAACGAGCAGAUCGAUAGCCUUGAGAGAGAAUUCGAGCGAACGCACUAUCCAGAUGUUUUCGCGAGGGAGCGACUUGCCGCCAAGAUAGGCCUUCCCGAAGCUAGGAUACAGGUGUGGUUCUCGAAUCGGCGCGCGAAGUGGCGUCGCGAGGAGAAGAUCCGCAGCCAGCGCCGCAGCCCCGACUGCUUCUCGAGCACGCAGCCCGCGCACGGGCACGGGCACGCAGCGCACGGGCACGCGGCUGCGCACGGGCACGUGCACGCGCCGCCUGCGCUGCCCGCGCCGCCCGUGCCGCAGCACGCGCAGCAUGCCCCGUACCAGCCGCCGCUCAAUGUUGAUACUUACAGUCCGCUCACUCCCAUGGGCUACAGCGCGAGCGGCAUGGUGGGAGACACGGCGGUGUGCGAGGCCGGGGACUCGGAGCUGUGCAAGGGCGGCUUCCUCGGCUACCCGCGCUACGAGCUGCCCUACCGCCAGCCGCACCCCUACGCCAACCACGGCUACCAGCACGAACCCGCAUCGCCUCCACCGGAACUCGGCGGUCUCCUAGGCGCAGGCGUGUCGGUCCCCCUGGCGGUCCCCGGGCAGGACUCCCAGCAGUACUGGUCGCGUCUCCAGUGACCCUGGUGGCACUAGGCGCCAUACAUUAUACCUACACCACUUUAACCGAACUACCCGCCAAACAUGAUCAAAUAAUAUACCUUAAUUAGUACGUGUUUCUAUUAUUUUCUGUUAAAGUGUAUGAGACGGGUCUGCCCGCGAAAUUCAAAUUUAAUUUGGUUUUUCACAAUUUGUACAUCAAU